AUGCCCGAUACAAAUGCCAUGACGCUGCUGACAAGACAGUUAUGGCAGUACGUCAUACAAGUCUCAAAUGUGUCCUCAGCUGAUCCGGGCUUAGCGUGUGAGAAAGACUGGGUCCCUUUCGGCUCCUGUUGCUACAAGAAGAUGAAGAGCCCCAACGGUUGGCUGGGGGCUCGGCACGACUGCGUCUGGGAGGGCGGCGACCUGGUCUCCAUCGCCUCGUCGGACGAGGAAGCCUUUGUGAAGAAGGAAAUGGGCAAGGACCGCUUCUGGAUCGGACUCUCCAAUCUGAAUUGCGACAAGGCUUGGUGUCAGUAUGACAAGGAGCAAAAGGAGCUGACUUGGUCCGAUGUCAGCGUGACGGCGAGCUACUCCAACUGGGACAACCGUCAGGUUGGAAGCUCCGACGUCGAGUCCUGCGCGUUCGUCAACCAAGGCGAGAAGACCGAACUUCAGCUAGGGAAGUGGCGACACGGCUCGUGCGGAUCCUCGUUGCCAUACAUGUGCAAGCGCUCGCCGGACGACUGCCCGGAGGGCCGACAGUGUUCUUUAAAAGACUUUGGUUACGAUCGAGUGGAGACUUCCUCCUGCGACUCCGGCGAAUUCCUGUUCAACGAUUCUUGCUAUCAUUUCACUUUGUAUCGUUACGAUUGGGAGAAAGCUGAGAACUUCUGCAAGGCACGCAACAGUCAUCUGCCCAGCGUCCACUCAGAGGACGAAAUCAAAUUCUUGGCAGAUCACUUAAAAGACAAUUACGAUUCUUGGGUGGGACUCAGGAGUAGGAAGGACAAUUUUAAGUUCACUGACGGAACAUCUACCGCCGACGCCCCAGGAUUGCAAUUACUAGAUAAUGGCUGCGUUGGUGUGCGUUACAGUGAUGCAUUUCUUACUACAUUCGGCUGCACCAAUAACCGAUUUCUAAGCAUCUGCCAAAAAGGCGAGGUGGGCGUCACGUCCGUGGUCGCGUUCUUGUCGGCAGUUGGCCCUCAAGUGACACGGGUCUCGCUUGCAGGCUGGAGCAAAAAGUGCGGUUGGUGGAUGGACAACCCAUCCAACGACUUCUGCUACCUGAUGAGCGGCAACGAUGCCGUGACCUGGCAGAAGGCGCGAGCCAAAUGCGUCAACCUCGGAGGCGACCUGCUCAGCAUUGCCGACGUCACUGAACAGAAUUUCAUACGAGCUAUCACUGUCGUGGCCAGUCCCACUCUGUGGUUGGGCGCCAAUGCCAUUAUCACUGAAGACAGCAGGUGGACUGAUGGAUCCCCGUUCACUUACAAUAACCUGACAGCAGAAAAUGCCGGUGACGCCACUGGCGGACGCUGCCUUUACUUUGUCACCCACAACGGUGGCUGGAAAUUUCACCAUUGCCAACGAAACAGCAACUACAUCUGCAAGAGAAGAAGAAGAGUCGAUCAGAAGUUAUGUGAUAUGGCCGACGGCUGGCUCCCUUUCGGCUUCAGUUGCUACAAGAAGAUGGCGACCCCCAACGGUUGGCUGGGGGCUCGGCAAGACUGCGUCUGGGAGGGCGGCGACCUGGUCUCUAUCGCCUCGGCGGACGAGGAAGCCUUCGUGAAGAAGGAAAUGGGCCAGAACCCCUUCUGGAUCGGACUCUCCAAUCUGAAUUGCGACGAGGCUUGGUGUCGGUAUGACAAGGAGCAAAAGAAGAUGACUUGGUCCAAUGUCCGCGCGAUGGCGACCUACUCCAACUGGGACUCGCGUCAGGUUGGAAGCUCCGACGUAGAGUCCUGCGCAUACGUCAACCAAGGCGCGUGGACUGAGCCAGGAAAGUGGCGACACGGCUCGUGCAGAUCCUCGUUGGCGUUCAUGUGCGAGCGCUCCUUGCUCGAAUGCCCGGAGGGCCGGCCGUGUUCCUUGAAAGACUUUGGUUACCUUCGAGUGGAGACGUCCUCCUGCGACCCUGGCGAAUUCCUCUUUGACGAUUCUUGCUAUCGUUUCGAGGAUGCGAAGAAGGUGCAGAGGGCCGCCGAGACGUUUUGCAAAGGACACAAAGGUCACCUGGCCAGCGUCCUCUCAGCGGAGGAAGGCAAUUUCUUGGCAGCUCACAUGCGAGAUGCAGAAAGAUCUCAGCCUUUUGUGGGACUGAAGAAGAAGAAAAACAACAACUUUGAGUGGAUUGACGGAAAAUCUUCAGACUACGUCACAAAGUUGGUGGGAAAAAAGUCUACAGGACGCGGUGACUGCUUUGCUCUGUCAGCUUCUGGACAAUUUGAUGAGUGGUCCUGCGCUGAAAAGCUGCCAUCUAUCUGCAAAAAAGCCAAGGUCCAAGGGCCUCUCCCUGUUUUGCCGUCGUCAACAUGGGGACCAGGCUGGAGCAAAAAGUGCGGCUGGUGGAUGGACAACCCGUCCGACGACUUCUGCUACCUGAUCAACCACAACCGUGCCAAGACCUGGCAGGAGGCGCGAGAUGACUGCCUCGGCCUCGGAGGCGACCUGCUCAGCAUCACCCACUCCUAUGAACAGACCUUCAUACAAGGUCUGUACGCCCGUCCUCUGAGCAGUCCCACUCUGUGGUUGGGCGCCAACGGCAAUAUCACUAACGGCAUCGAGUGGAUUGACGGAUCGAUGUCCACUUACAAAAACCUGAACACAGGCAUCGCCGGAGAAGGCCCCGGUGGGAACUGCCUUUCCUUGCUCACUGCCGACGGCCGCUGGGCAAAAGCCGAUUGUGAGGAGAACCGCAGCAGCUACAUCUGCAAGCGAAGAGGAAGAGGCAUGAUUUGA